UGAUUGCAAGUUCACUGUUGUUUCAGUAAAAGAAGAAGGUUUCAAUGGAUCCAGUUGUGGCCUUGGUUAUCAGUCUCUCCUGUAUUCUUCUCCUCUCACUAUGGAGACAGAGAUCUUGGAGAGGGAGACUCCCACCAGGACCCAUGCCUCUCCCAAUUCUUGGGAAUAUCCUGCAGAUAGAUGUUAAAAACAUCAGCAAAUCCUUAACCAAUUUGUCAAAAGCCUAUGGCCCUGUGUUCACUGUAUAUUUGGGUUUGAGACCCACUGUGGUGUUGCAUGGAUAUGAAGCUGUGAAGGAAGCCCUGAUUGAUCAUGGGGAAGUAUUUUCUGGAAGAGGCAGUUUCCCUGUGGUUGAGAGAGUUACUAAAGGACUUGGAAUCCUUUUAACUACUGGAAACAGAUGGAAAGUGAUGAGGCGCUUCUCAGUCAUGACUCUGAGGAAUUUUGGGAUGGGGAAGAGGAGCAUUGAAGACCGAGUUCAAGAGGAAGCCCGUUGCCUUGUGGAGGAGUUGAGGAAAACCAAGUCCUCACCCUGUGAUCCCACUUUUCUCCUGAGCUGUGCUCCCUGCAAUAUGAUCUUCUCCAUUAUCUUCCAUAAUCGUUUUCAUUAUAAAGAUCAGCAUUUUCUAAACCUAAUGCGGAAAUUAAAUGAAAAUGUGGCUAUUCUGAGCUCCCCAUGGAUCCAGGUCUGCAACACUUUUCCUGCUCUCAUUGAUUAUUUUCCAGGGAGCCAUAAAACAUUCCUUAAGAAUGCUUAUGACAUAAAACAGUAUUUUUUGGAGAAAAUAAAAGAACACCAAGAAUCUCUAGAUAUGAACAAUCCUCGGGACUUCAUUGACUAUUUCCUGAUUAAAAUGGAAGAGGAAAAGAACAAGCCACAGACUGAAUUUACCACUGAAGCCUUAGUAAGCCUUGUGAAUGAUCUGUUUGGAGCUGGAACAGAGACAACAAGCACUACUCUGAGAUAUGGACUCCUGCUCCUAUUGAAGCACAUAGAUGUCACAGCUAAAGUCAAGGAAGAGAUUGACCAUGUGAUUGGCAGACACCGCAGCCCCUGCAUGCAGGACAGGAGCAGUAUGCCCUACACAGAAGCUGUCCUGCAUGAGAUCCAGAGAUACAUUGACCUCGUUCCAACCAAUAUACCCCAUGCAGUGACCUGUGACAUUAAUUUCAGAAACUACUUCAUUCCCAAGGGCACAACCAUAAUAACAUCACUGACAUCUGUGCUGCAUGACAACAAAGAAUUCCCCAACCCAGAGAAGUUUGACCCUGGCCAUUUCCUGGAUGAGAGAGGCAAAUUCAAGAAGAGUGACUACUUCAUACCUUUCUCAACAGGAAAACGGAUUUGUGCAGGAGAAGGUCUGGCCCGCAUGGAACUGUUUUUAAUCCUGACCACCAUUUUACAGAACUUUCACCUGAAAUCUGUGGUUGACCCAAAAGAUAUUGAUACCACCCCAGUUUUCAAUGGAUUUGUCUCUGUUCCACCUGCAUACCAAAUCUGCUUCAUUCCUGUCUGAUGAAGAACAAUCUGGCUGCUGCUCUGCUCUCAUCUGGAAUCUUCUCUUUGGGGCAUGCUCCAUCUCCUUCUCUGUCAGGCAGGUCUUCUCUGACCUGCUUCUCACCAUUCUAUUUCUUUGAAAUCCAGUGACUAUCCAACACCCGUUGGAGAGAGUUUCCUCAGUUGUCACAAGGGCAUGCUUCCUAUUCACUUACUUAUUGUAAGACUUAAAUGAGCCGCUCUGUAUUUUAAUAAUCUUGUGUAUUAUUACUGUGAUAUAUCACUAUUAAACCAAGGGAAACCUUUGGGAAAUUAUGUAAAGUAAAAUAAGUCAGGCAUAGGAAGAUAAAGGCACAUGGUUUCACUUUUGUGUGUAAUAUAAAGAAGUCAAACUCUUAGAGUAGUGAUAAGUAAUGGUUACCACAACUUGGGAAGGGGUGACAGUGUGAAUGGAUGUGUAAGGAGGAGAAGUUAGUUAAAGGUGCAAUGUUUUAGGCAGAGAGGAGGAAUGAGUUCUAAUGAUCUAGUGCAGAACAUGGUGACUAUGUUCACAAUAACGUUGCAUACUUCAAAAUUCCUAAAGGGGAGAUAUUAAAUAUUCUGCCCACAAAUAAAGGACAAGUAGUUGAGAUGAUGAUCAUGUUAAUAAUCCUGAUUUAAUUAUGCCACCAGGUAUGCAUGUAUCACAGUUUCACAAUAUACCUCGAUAGUGCAAGUGAUCAGUACUUGUCAACAAAAAAAAUAUUGAACUAGAUUAAAAAUUAAAAGUGCAAUCAAAAACUACAUUGUAUCAAUUUUUAACACUCUUGAUUGGCAAAAGAAAAUAUAUUAAUCAGGUAUUGACAGAAGGAACAAGAGGUAGCCUUAUAUCUGAUAAUUAUUAAUGAUGCUACUCUUAGUAUCUUACCAAAAUUUAUAAUUUUCCCUUCACCACCACCUUCCCCAUCAUUCAACUUCUAUUUCCCCUACCCUGCUUUUUCCAUUUGCUCUUUUUUUAAAUUACUCUUUUUCAUAAACAUAUGAGAUAAAUAGUAUUUGUGUUAGGCACCAUUACUGCCUUAAUAAAUUACCACAAAUAUAAUGAGUGAGAAACAUGGAUUAACUAUCUUAUAGUUCUGAGGUUCAAAGAUCCAAUGCCAUCUCCUCUGGGCUAAGAUGAUUCUGUCAGCUGAGAUGGUUCCCUUUGAAGGUGCUAGGGGAGAUCCAUUAACCUAUUUGUUUUCCUCCUGUACAUUCUGCCAGCAUCCCUUGGCUUCUGAGUCCUUUGUCACAUCAAUUGAACAUCAGUCAUCAUAUCUGCUCUCUCCUUAUAUCCUCUCAUUUUUGUUUUAUACAAACCUUGUUGAACCUAGGUGUGGUGGUACACUCCUGUGAUCCUAUUGGCUUGGGAGUCUGAUGGGGAAUGAUUGCAAGUUCACAGCCAGCCUCAGAAAUUUAGAGAGUACCCAAGCAUCUUAGAGACAUCCUGUAUCAGAUAAUACAUAAAAAGUGCUAGGGAUGUGGUUCAGUGGUUAAGCACAUUUGAGUUAAAUCUCUGGUAACUAACCCCCUGCAACAAACAAAAACCUUGAUGAUUGCAUUAGACACACCUACAUAAUACAGUAGAAUCUAUCCAUGUCAUGAUCCUUGACAUAAUCAUACCUACAAUGUCCCUUUUAUCAUGUAAAGUAAGAAAUUCAUUGGUUCACAGGUUUCAAGGAUUAAGAUGUAGAUGUUUUGUGAGGUUAUAAUAAAGCCUAAGAUAUCAUAUUAUAUCCUACAACUAUGAAGAUAAUUCAGACAAGGCUUUCUUAAGUAUCUUGUUCUGGUUCACACAUCAGAACAAGGAGGUGAAUCCCAGGACUAUCUGGCUUUAAAAUAAAGUUUUCUAAUCAGUUGAUUUUAAUUCUUAUUGGACUCAGCAUCUUUUAGUUUUGUUGUCUUUAUUGGCAGGUAAUUGAUAUACAGUUAAUAUUUGUUAAUAUUUAAUGGAAAGGUACUUUAAAAAUAAAAAGUGCAGGGGCUGGGGAUGUGGCUCAAGCGGUAAUGUGUUCACCUGGCAUGCGCAGGGCGCU